AUGGCGUUUUCACGCUCACACACUUUCUCUCUACUCGCGGCUCUGCUGCUGCUGGCUGUCUGCGCGGACGCAGCGCCGACGGUGGCGCAAUUCCGAAAAGAACUCACGGCGCUGAGGGCGGUGGUAAAGCAGCAGAAGAACUACUCGGCGUUCGUGAGAGGCAUCGACAGAAUGCUCAAAUACCCCGACUCAUUGCUGCCUCAGAUCUUCAACACCACGCUACUCAUCCCCACCAACAAAGCCAUAAUGAGCCUCGGCAUUCCAACCCUAAAGAACAAUACAGCAAUGGAGGCCAUCGGGAAAUACAACGUCCUGCUGCGACAAUACACGGGCGCGCAGCUGCGGAAGCUCGCUACGAACACGCUGCUUAAGACUAAGGCCAAGGAUAUGUUGGUGCGGUACGCGUCCACCGGCGCGAAUGCCGGGAAAAUCGUGCUGGGCCCUCAGAGUGCACCUGUUGCGAAGCAGGGGGUUGUGGUGACUGCUGAUCUCUACACGGGCAAGUUCCUCAAGGCGCAUGGCUUGUCCGCGUUUUUCCGGCCCAAGGGUUAUUAA